AGUUACAUUUGUCCUCUAUCAAAUGAAACCUAUCAUUACUGGAGGAUAGAGAUCGCCGGUGCAAAUCUCAACCCAGGGGCAGGGCUGUGGUGUGUUAAGCAGACACUGCGAACUCCCCCGCUCUGUGGGUGCAGCAACACCUCGCCCACUGACACUGUAAUAUGGAAUCAAAGUUUGUGUUUGUACAAACGCAUGUUUUAGUACAAUGACAAAUAAAGCCUUUUUAUUGUCUUCUUUAAAAAAAAACAUCAGACUUUCCAGAGCCCGAUGGUUCACAUUUUUGCAGUUGACAACAACCAACAGACAGGCAGCUUAAUCACUGCUGCUCUGCAUUGAAUGUGACUUUUCUGUCAAACUCUCAGAAAAAAUGAGGUAAAAAGAGACUGUUUUUUUAUCAUAUAGUCUCGAAAUGAAAUCACACAACUUAAAAGCGGCUCACGGUACACAAGGGUCAGAAAAGUAAAACAUGUACCAAUAGUCUCUCGCUGUCAUCCUCCUACUCUAUGGGCUGCACAGUCACUCCCAGCCCAACCUGUUCAACCUGUCUACAGCUGGAUGACAAGAGUGGGUGGUGAAGCACGUCCCAGUAGAAUGAUUGGUGCAGACUCAGAGGAGAAAAGGAAUCCCAUGUGGGAGGUUUUUGAAUAUUUACUUAUAAAAACAGUUGUACUGUAUUUUCCUUCAUUUUCAAGAGGAACGGCUGGUGGAGGAGGGGUUGGGGGCCAUGGAGGCAGAAAACACAGCUGAGAUUGAGUCUCUGAUGGAGGACAUGGACUACAUCCCCGGUCACUUCCACCUAGAACUCAACCUCAACUGUGAUCCUGUCGGGCCUGUGAAGCUCCGACACAGGGACACCUACCUGAAACAGGAGAGUCUGUGGGGAGAGUUAGAGGCUGAGGUGGGAUAUUUUCAGUAUGCUGUCAGAAAUCUCCUGGGUCUGCUAGCUUUUCACCUGGAACAGCUGGACACGGCUGAGGAAACAUUCAGAAGUAUUUGUAAAGAAGACCCUGGAAACCUGAAUGCCUGGGCCAACCUGGGCUAUGUCUACGAUAAGUUAGGGAGAGAGCUGGACGCAGGGGAGUGUGUGGAGAAAGUUUCUCAACUUAUGGGUCUAGAAAGUGGGGAGGCCACUCAGGAGGAGACCAGACUGCUGGCUGCUCGCUGUCUGGCUGAACAGGCUUACGUUUAUCCACACGAUGUUGAGCUGGACAGUGAGGACGAUCUGAGGGAGAGGCUGACCGCCGCGCUGACGUUAUACAAUAAAGCUCUGGACUACGGGGGGCAGUUGAUUCCAACUGAGGAAAAGAGAAGCUGGUAUUUUAAAAUGGCAACCAUCUACUUAAGACUAGAUGAAAUGGUCAGAUCUAAGGAGGACUCUGAAUACUACAGACUUUCUUACUAUAAUAAGGGACUGAAGUUGCUUAAGGAAACACUGGAAUCUGAAAAAACACAACAUAAAGCUUUAGCCUGGUGUUAUAUUGGCAUCUUGUUGGAGAGGAAGGAAGAGUUUAUGACUGUGCCCAUGUCUGUACAUGACUGUGGAUUCUCUGCCUCUGAUCCUCUGUCCUGCUAUGGAACUGCCAUUAAUCUAGCCAGCGAUGAUGCCUUCAUCCUGAACCUUUUGGCCAAAGUCUUCUUCCUGUUGGGCAAACAUGAGAUGGCCACUGGAAUCAGCAACAUGGCCUUAAAUGUGCUGCCGGAUCCAGAGCUCAACUGGCAGGCGUACUGCACCCGCGCCAAGAUCAAUGUAAUGCUUUACGUCAGGGACCUAGAAAAGGCAAAGCAUGGCCAUGGUGGAAUCCCAGACCGACAGAUGCUAACAGAGGCCAGGAAGGACUUGGACAAGGUUCUCAGUGUGCGUCCAUGUCUGCGCACUCACCUGGAGAUGGCUCAGGUGUACUACUACAUGGGCGUGGACGCGGUCCAGGAGAGUCUUUUGGUGGACGAGGCAGCCGUUAACAAUGCACUGGUGAGUUUGUCCCAUGCCCUGCAGUUCAGGAUCGGGGACUGUCUACCAGACCUCCACGUGCUCAGGGGACGUGGGGAGGAGCGUAACGGUGCAGGCUGCUUCAAACAAGCUGUGGAGUUAGAAAGGCCAGGGAGCACAGACACCACGGCUCUGCGCUGCCUCCUACAGGCACUCCUGGCUCUCUUCAUGCAGGGGAGCCCUGAUCCCAGUCAUGCGGUGACCCAGCUGGAGACGUGCGUACAAAGGGCAGAGGAGAGGUACCCCAAAGACAUUGUGAAGUCUGAGCUGAGGUGUUUAUACAGGACUCAGCCAGCAGAGGUCACCGAGUUGUCCAGAGCUCUGAUCAGCACGGGACGAAUGGAUCUGGUGAAGAGGCUGCUAGAAACUGUUCUGCCUAAACAAGUGGCGAAGAGGAAAGCUGGUAGAUCGUUUUCUUUUGCAUGAGGCCCAAAUACAGAUAAACUCUGGACUCUGAUUGGACGGUGAAGUCCACCUCCAAACAAGAUCAUGAAAUACUGCAUGUGUGCAGAAAGAGUGGAGGACGAGUCGGUGUCAAUUAACAGCAUCUCCACCUAAAUGUAAAGAGCAUGGCGUAACAUUUUAGAUGGAGGAAAUUACCUGCGAACAAGUGUUACCUGAGCUGAAAUAAACAAUGACUUACUAGAAUGGAAUGAAAUGCCGAGUUAUUUUUAAGUUGUUUUUCUUUUGGUGCUUGCUCAGUGAGUUAUCGAACAUGAUUUUCGUUUCGGGGUUUUUUCCCCCCUGUUAUGUUCUGUAAAUUUACAUUUUGAACUGGUCUUUGUUCACUCUUCCUUUUAUUAUAUAUUGUAUUUAUAGUCGACCACAUUCGUGUUACUGGGGCUUUCUUUUACGAUAAAGGAAAGAAAAAUAGGUUUUACUCAAGUUGCUUUUUCCCCCGAUACGACCCUCGCCAGUGAUCCUACAGUACAGUACAUUCCAGAAAUAUGGCGUAAACUUACGAGCAUUAGCGACGAGGCAAGUUCUGCAGCAUUGUUCAGUUUGCUGCCAAUUUUCAAAUGCCUUUAAAACAUAAAUCUUACACAGUUUUACUCAGUGACACUGACAGUCAAUCAAAUCCAUGUGUGUUUUUUUCUGUAGGAAUGGUAAUCAGAUUGGUUUAUUUACAAAAUCAUAUCAUUUAAAAAAGGAAAAUGUUACUUUGUGUUUACAUCACACGUUACAUUUUGAUGAGGAUUUGUAUGCCUGUAAUUAGGAUGAUUGACAGUGACAAUUAAAGGCACAAAUAGAUCUUCUCUUGCUAAUGUGGCGCUCCUUGAAUCAGGCCUAAUGUCAUUUUAUUGCUUCAUAUUGCAACAGUGUGGAAAGUGAUGUGAACCAGGUGAACGGUAAAUGGCUCAGAGUUCUUCAAGGCUAUUUUCAUUAUGAGUUUAAUGCGUGAAUUUAAUUGUGGCAUAAAAUAUAAUUCACGCCUGAAACAAAUGACACAUUGUAAUUAUUACGGAACAUUUUGUUCUUGCCUUUUUUGUGUACUGGAAGUAUAUACAGAAUAAAGAGGAAUGUUUUUUAUUUUCACUGAAAGGUUUACUGACAAUUUAUGAUGACUCUUUUCUUUGAUGAAUGAGGUUGAAUUUUUUUUUUUUUUUUUUUUGACAAACCUAUUUACAUUGUCAAAGAGAAAUGUGCAGCAGUUGGCUGAUGUCCAACAAUUCUGGUUUGACACCUUCACUGUGACUGCUGUUUUCCCAGCGAGGCAGAUGCCACGCCAUCAUCGUGAGCAGCUUCACUCUGAUCGGUCAGUUCAACAGAAAAUGGCAAAAGAGUCGACUUCCUGGAGUACUGGUCUCUGUGACUGUGCCUAUGACCUCACACAC